UGCUGGCGUCCGUAGCCGGGAAACCCGGCGUCCAGCGCGGCAGGUUGUGGUCCGCGAUGUCAGGUGAGGAAGCCCGCCACAGGGCAGAGUCCUCCGAGGCCCGUGCGGCCGCGGUCAGCGACAUCCAGGAGCUGAUGCGACGCAAGGAGGAGAUCGAGGCGCAGAUUAAAGCUAAUUACGACGUCCUGGAGAGCCAAAAAGGAAUUGGGAUGAGUGAGCCACUGGUGGACUGUGAGGGCUAUCCCCGGGCAGAUGUGGACUUGUACCAGGUCCGAACGGCAAGGCACAACAUCAUCUGUCUACAGAAUGAUCACAAGGCAGUGAUGAAGCAGGUGGAAGAGGCCUUGCACCAGCUGCAUGCUCGGGACAAGGAGAAGCAGGCCCGGGACAUGGCUGAAGCCCAAGAAGAGGCCAUGAGCCGCAGGCUGGGCUCCAACAGCCCCAUCCUACCCCAGGCUUUCGCCAAAGUGAACAGUAUCAGCCCUGGUUCCCCGGCCAGUAUUGCGGGCCUGCAAGUGGAUGAUGAGAUUGUGGAGUUCGGCUCUGUGAACACCCAAAACUUUCAGUCGCUGCAGAAUGUCGGCAGUGUGGUGCAGCAUAGCGAGGGGAAGCCCCUGAAUGUGACAGUGAUCCGCAGAGGGGAGAAACACCAGCUCAGACUGACUCCGACACGCUGGGCAGGAAAAGGACUGCUGGGCUGCAACAUUAUUCCUCUCCAGAGAUGACUGUCCCCUGGACCUCCAAGAAAACUGCUUCAGGCAGGCCUGCACUUGGGCCUGGGGGAUUUCCUCAUUCUCUUCCAUCCCUCAAGUAUAAGGAUCUGGAAGAGCGCGGGUGAAGCCCAAACAUCACUGUGGAGGACAUGCUCUGGCCGCAGGUGUAAUCUGUCUGGAUUGAGGCAUUAUUAAAAACGUGAUUUGUGCCUAGCUAAGUCUGUGCGAAUUAGGCCAUAGACCUAUCUGGGGAUUCUCUCCAUUGAGCCAGUGAGUUGGAAUGAUUCUGGCAGGUAAUGAUUUGACUUCAUUUUCUUUUUUUGAGACAAGAGUCCCAGUGUAGCUCUGGCUCUCCUGGAACUCACUGUGUAGACCAGUCUGGCCUUGACCUGACAGAGAUCCUCCUUCCUGCCUCUGCCUCCUGAGUGUUGGGGCUAAGGGCAUGCGCCAACAUGUCUGGCUAGACCCUGAGGGAUAUUUAUUAUACAUACAUAAUUUUUACGUAAUUUUUUGAGAAUUUCAUACAUGCAUACCAUGUAUUUCUCUCCUGCUUAAUUCCACCUUCAGUUCUGCACAGAUCUCCCCUCAAAUCCACUUCCCAGCUUCUUGUCCUUUUUUU